GGAAGGUCCCCCCCCGUCUCCAGGCGGUUGGAGCGGUUGAAGCGCGCGUGCCUGAGAGUGGGGAUUAGGAUUGUUGAUGCCGCCAACCGCUGGCUUCAAACGCAUCGAAACAUCCUUUCACAAAUGGAGCUAAGUGUCUCAACCUCUGAAUCAAAUAUUGAUUCGGGACCAGAAAACUGGUUCGUUGGUGAUCAGGUUUUUGCCCCCUUUUCUGGAGAUGAUAAGCUAUAUGAGGCCACAAUAAAAUCAAUAUCCACAGAUGAAGAUGGCAAAACCGUGGCAGUUGUAAGGUUCUCCAGCUUUAAUGAAGAGACUGUGGCACUGACCACACUGAAAAGGAAAGGCAAAAAUGAAUGUUCGAGAGGUUUUAUAUUUGAUGAUGAUGACCUGGAGAAGCCCUGCUUCCUUGACAAAAAAGCACCAGGCCCCAAGAUCUCUUUGAAAUUGUCUGAGGGCAGUAUAUGUGUGCCAUAUACUAUUAAUAGAUACUUGCGAGACUACCAAAGAGAUGGAGUAAAGUUCAUUUUUAAGCAUUAUUUAUCUGGCAGAGGAUGCAUCCUUGGUGAUGAUAUGGGGCUUGGAAAAACUGUACAGGUUAUUUCCUUUCUAGCAGCUGUACUUCAUAAAACAGGAACCCGGGAGGAUAUUGAAAAUAACAUGCCUAAGUUUGUCCUGAAGACGAUGAGAAAGGAAUCGAAAAGACAAGAUGACAAAAUUUUCCUCAUAAUUACUCCUCUGUCUGUGCUGUACAACUGGAAGAAUGAAUUGGAAACCUGGGGUUAUUUUAGAGUUUAUAUUUUGCAUGGUAACCAAAAAGACCAUACCCUCAGUUGUAUUCGACGCAAGAAGUGCGAGAUUGCUCUGACAACCUAUGAAACAGUCCGCCUGUGUUUGGAUGAUAUCAAUUGCUUUGAGUGGUCUGCUGUGUUUGUGGAUGAAGCUCAUAAGAUAAAGAAUCCUAAAGCUCAGAUUACACAGGCAUUAAAGGCAUUGAAGUGCAAGAUAAGAAUUGGCCUGACUGGAACCAUUUUGCAGAACAACAUGGAUGAACUGUGGUGUGUCAUGGACUGGGCAAUACCAGGUUGCCUUGGCAACAGAGCUCGUUUUAAGGAAGAGUUCUGCAAUCCAAUUGAAUUUGGUCAGAGACACACAGCAACCAAAAGAGAACUGGCUGUUGGGCGAAAGGCUAUGAGCCGGUUGGCAAAACAGAUGUCUUUUUGGUUUCUGAGACGUACUAAGGCUCUCAUCAGUGAUCAGCUGCCAAAGAAAGACGAUCGGGUGAUAUACUGCUCUUUGACUGAGUUCCAGAAGACAGUAUAUAAGGCAGUGCUGGAGACAGAGGAAUUAAAGCUGGUACUGCGUGGCUGGGAUCCAUGUGAUUGCAACAGUGGCCGAAAAAAGAAAAACUGCUGUUACAAGCAAAAUGAGGAUGGGAUUACUGUACGGCAAAUUUAUUUUAGUUAUUUGUCCAUCCUUCGUAAGGUAUCCAAUCAUGUUGCACUCCUGCAGCCUGAUGAAAACACAAGCAAGAUGCAGGCAUCCACUGUCAGAAGAAUCUGUGAGCGUGUAUUUUGCAAGUUUCCAGAGUUUUUACAGCAGAGCAAAGAAGCUGCUUUUAUCACCAUUUCUGAUCCUAAAUACAGUGGGAAAAUGAAGGUUCUUCAACAGCUUUUGAACCACUGUAGAAGGAGCCAGGAAAAAGUUCUCCUCUUCUCUCUCUCAACCAAGCUUUUGGAUGUGCUGGAGAGCUACUGUAUGGCAACUGGAUUGGAUUACCAACGACUUGAUGGAAAAACCAAAACAGAGGAGAGGGUCAAAAUAGUGAAGGAAUUCAACAGCACACGAAACAUCAACAUUUGCUUGGUGUCCACAAUGGCUGGUGGUUUAGGACUGAAUUUUGUUGGAGCUAAUAUUGUUGUGAUAUUUGACCCAACAUGGAAUCCAGCUAAUGAUCUGCAAGCUAUUGACAGAGCAUAUCGUAUUGGUCAAUGCAGAGAUGUUAAAGUGUUCAGACUGAUUUCAUUGGGAACAGUUGAGGAAAUCAUGUAUCUGCGCCAGCUUUAUAAACAGCAAUUACAUUGUGCUGUUGUUGGAAGUGAAAAUGCAAAGCGCUACUUCAAUGCAGUGCAAGGAUCAAAGGAGCAUCAUGGGGAGUUGUUCGGAGUGCACAAUCUAUUUGGCCUUUGCACAGAGGGAUCCUGUUUGACCCGAGAAAUCAUUCAGAGAACAGGUCAAGUGGAAGCAGGAGUGAUGACAGCUGCUACACAGUUGAGAGAAGAGCCUCCAGCAACAAGAUUGGAAACAGUGAGUUUUCCAUCAUCUCACACCAUUGACGUAGAAAAGAAGAUGGAAGAAGAGAAUAAGGACCUGCCGGAGCAAUGUACAAUAGAAAGAAAGCCACGUAAAAGAAAGUCAGAACAAUUUUUUGACUUUAGUAGUGAAAGCGAGACAGAGCCUUCAAGUAUGACAAAAAUGAAGGGUAAUAGAGGUGGUGCAGUAGCUACCAGUAAUAAUACUGAUAGCCAUGGACAACUCACAUUAGCCCAGUAUGGGUUUUCUAAACUCCUAGAUAGGCAAACAUGCACUGGAGAAGAGUGCGGUGAGAGUGACUGCAAUUCUGAUGAUGACCUAUUAGAGAAUCAAUGCUCAGAAGAAAGCACAAGCGAUGAUUUAAGUUCCCCUGUACCCAAGGCAAAUUAUGGGCCUGUCAAACUGGUUUCAGAGGCCCAACCAAAUGCUCAAUCUAUAAAAAGGAAUGGGCAUGCUCAGCAAGUAAGAGAAAGACUUUGUCAACACUGGAGCACUUCUAGUGAAUCAGAAGGAGAGGCUGAAUUAAGAAAAAAAUGCAAAUAUCAUGGAACUUCAAUAAAUGUUGCUCUUUCCAUGGGAACUAACAACAGCACAGAAGAAAAUGAUGAUGCUGUCCCUCCUUCACAGGUAUUGGGACAAAAGAAAAAAGUACCUACCAAGAAGAAAUCUAAAUCUGACUUGCUGUUAAAAGAUUCUGAGGAGUCAAAUGACAAAAACCUCACAAGUAUUUCCUAUAAAGAAAAGGCAUUGUUGUCCUGUAAAUCAAGAUUUCCUGGUGUUAAAACAUGCAUAAUUAGUCAUUGUCCCAGGGUAACAACAGGGAAUCCCUUGAGUUAUUCUGCCAAAUUGAAAGAACCAGGCAACAUCAGUGAUGAGUCAGACGACGUUGAAAUAUCUGCAAGCCCACCAGGGAGAACACCCAAUCAAUUAGAACAUCAAGGAGAAAGAGGCAAAAAAAGCCCAUGCAAUAAAUCUCGAGUCCAUUUUAAAAAAAAGACCACUGAGUACAACAUUGAGCAAUUUUCAUCCUCUGGAGAUGAUGUUCCCACCAAACGAAUGUGUUGCAAUGUAAUCAGAGAGGUGGGCAAAAAUAAUAUUAAGCCAGAGUGCAAUGUUCGACUUGGGCACAAGCAUAAACCAAUCAGAAUUGACAAAGGUGAAGGUAUACUGGAGAACGAGAAGCAGAGCCGGAGUCAUGGGGAGCAGUUUGCAACAAUGGACAGAUUGCUAGGUGAUGUACAGGAAGUGGCUUUCAUUCAUUCAAACCAACAUGUGAUUGGGUCCAGCAAGGCUGAAAAUCAAAUGAGUCGUACUGCAAUUCGUGAUGUAUUUGAACUAAAACAACAUUCGCAGAUUCCUGCCAAUGUAGCAGUCCACACUAGUCAGCUACUUCAGAAAACUGACAGCAUGCUUAGUACUCCUCAGAAGUCCUUGCAGCAACACCACAUAAAUCAAAGUCAAAAGUUGCCUGCUCUCUCACUUGUGCAUCCUGUUACACAGACAAUGAGGAAGGUCCACCGAGCAGGCGGCACUACCUUCCUGAUUGGACAAACACCCAAAGGAAUCUGUAGGAAACAACUCUUUGAAAUGGCCGAGUAUUUCAACAUGGCUUCCGCAGAAGAAUUGGCAGAACAUCUUUUAAUUAGCACCUCGCAGCACCGGCUGACAAUGCUAAGGAAAUUUUACACGUCCCAGUAUCCAGAGCUAGAAGACAUCUUACCAGAUGGACCUCCAGAAUCUACACUUGAACAUAAUGUCACAGUGGGAAAUUCGCAGGAUUGUAUGACCACAGAGUAUGCUGGCAGUAGGGAUAAAAAUCAAAGCAAUUAUUCUUUGAUUCAAGGAGUACCAGGUGGCAAAAAACAUUUUAAGAAAAAGCAUCUAAAAAAGAUUACAUGUUUUGAAACACAAAAUGAUGUUAUUUCAGAAAAUUGUGACUGUAAGUCAAGAAUAACUCAUGUAAAAAAGAGUGUGUUGGCAGACAAGUCAUUUUCUAGUGAUUCUGCUGAAGAGGUUGACAGUAACACCUGUAUGGAUUUUUCAAGGCCUUCAACUACUCCACUCUUAAAGAGUACACCACACAGGGGUGAAACAAGUUCCAGAACAUCUGUGAAACAUCAGCAACCUCAUGAAGAGAUAGUGCCACUGGUAGAAAGGUUAAAGUGCAACUCAGAUGACAACCAAAAAUUAACACUGUCCAAAGCUGACUCAAUCACAGAGCUACUUGGUGACACUUCAGUACUGGAUGCAUUGUUUGAGAGGAGAAAAAACAUUACUGAGCAGUCAAUAAAGGCCACAGGGCAUGUGCCAAAAGGAAAAAACAAAUCAAAGGAUUUCUGGGAUUUUCUCAAUCUCAAUAACAAUGAGGAUGUCAGUACACUAACAGACCUAUCUGUGAUCGAAAAGUUAUGUGAAAGUGCACCUUUGAAAUCAAAGAACAGUGGAAAAGAAUCAGGUGACACCUUUUGGAAAAAGAAUGAGAAGUUCUUAUGGAAAAGUGAUCCAAAGAGUGACUCCUAUGUCUCAACAUCUGGAACAUUUUGCUAUGAAAAUCAAGUAAAAACCAUAAGAACUACAGAUGCUGUAAAUCAAGUGCUGGAUGGGAAGAGUAACAGAAGCCUGUAAAUAAAUAAUUAUCUGAA